AUGGCAACGGAGAAAGAGGAGAUUCCAGUGGGAUCUCCUUGGUACGGCAAGGUUUUCGAGUGUUGGAGGAAUCGAAAUCGAGUCAGUCCCGGCAGAAUCGAGUUGCCCGACUGCGAUUUUUUUAUUGUGGCACCGCGACGUACGCUGCGCGUUCUGAGGCCGACCCUGAAGAGCGGCUGGUAUUAUGAGACGGCGGUUGACCGGCCGGAGUCGGUCAACGACAAUUUCUUUAAUCGGUGGACUAGGAGACCGCAUCCGUCCGGAAAUUGCAGGUGUUCUUUCCGCCAGUCCGCCAGCGCGUUGAGCACCACCGAAGAGCAAAUAAUAUCCGCGGAAUUAAAUCACAUCCGAACAAGUCUCUGUGAGGCCGAGAAGAACGCACGUGGAAUCGAAGAAUUGGAGCAAAGGGUAUCCAUGAAUCUGCAAAAGUUACGAGACGAUUCGGAACUUUCCGAUUGCGCAAACGAAACGACGGUGUCUUCGACAUUAAUGAUUGAUCGCCAGCCGUUCGAACAGAGCGCCAAACAACAAAUUGUCAAAGAUUUAGAAAGGUAUAUCAAUACACUUUUGGAAGAGGUACUUGAUGAUACCGUUAAGCAUAUAAUUAGUGUGGAGAAAGAUAAUGUUCAACAUUCUUGGCAACGAACGAAAAAUAAUUUGAUAAAAUCACAGUCCGAUAAAUCCAAAAUUUCGAUAAAGGACGGAGAUGAUUCCUUUAUCGAUAUUAAUCCUCGUCUUCUAGAAGAUAAGAUGCAGGAGGAAUGGAUUACAGAAAACGAGCAUAAAAAUCAAUUCACCAGAGUUUCGAUAAGCGAGGGUUAUGUGAAUCCCGCUUUCGUUGGUUCGACUGAUGAAUUAGCUUCUCUAGAUUUCGAUUGUUCUGCAAGAAAACACACAGAUUUAUACCUUGGAAUACCAACGGAAAGAAUUUCUUCGGAAAAAUUGGAUUGUGUAGAUUCUGGAAUAAAUAGCGUAGAGACCAUCGAGUUUCAAUUACCUGAUCAAGAACCCAGCUUUGAACAGUCUCUUUUACGAAUCAUUGAUGAGAAGUUGGGAAGAGGUUCUUCAAUGAAUAACUCGGAAGAAGACAGUCUCGAAACAAAUUUGCAAAAAGCGGUUCCAGUAGGAGGAGAACGUGAGAUUAACUCUCAAGAGAUUGAACUAACUUCGUCUAAACUUGAGACAUCAUCGACAGAUCCUGAUUGGAAAGUGGAGCGACUGGAAGAUACUGCUAACAUGGAUUGUAAUUUCGAGAAACUACGCCUAGAAUUCCAAAGCAACGACAGAGAUUCAUCUCCAAAUGACAAGACUCUAUUAAAGAUUGAUGUAAAAUUAACGGAAAGUCCUCCUAUCGAGCUCAAAGAUUACAAGAAAAAAUGGAUGGAAUUCGAUGAAAUCUCUUCGCAGGAAAAUACCAAAUUAAGUCUCCGCGAUUCAGUAAUGCUUCGAAGAAAUAAAAAACCAACUAUAGUUUUUCUACACGGUUUUGGUUCCUCGGCAGAAGUCUUCGAGCAUCAGUUGCAGUAUUUCUCUUCUCUCGGUUAUCCUUGCAUUGCUCCCGAUAUGCUCGGACACGGUAUGAGCUCAGCGCCCAGACGUCCUAGAGAUUAUCAUUUCAGCAAAUUACUCAAGGAUUUGGACGCUGUUUUACACUAUUACGCUUUUAAACCUGGAGAGAAGUGCGUCUUAGUCGCACAUAAUUACGGGUGCAGUUUUGCUACAGCAUUAGCUUGUAAAUAUGAUAAUAAUAUUCAUCAACUUGUGCUAAUAUCGGGCGGCGGUCCGACUCCUCUUGCUCCACCGAGCACAGAAUGCGCGGGCCACUGCUGUCUCAGAGCGAUUCUUGCGCCUCUGCUGAUGUGCGGUUUUCAUCGAGAUAUUCUCUAUUCCGCGCGAGGCCGACAGCAUCCUUAUUGCGGUCAAGAAUCGAUGAAACAAUGGCCUUCGCACAUGAAAUACGUAUUGAAAGGCAUGAAUUGGCCGCAGGGUGACUAUGCCUUCCACAGGAAGGUAUGCACACCAACGCUUCUAAUACAUGGACUAAGAGACAAUAAAGUGUCGUUAGUACAAGAAUGUCAAAUGGAAAGAACAAUGAUGAAGGCUUUCCUCGAAGCUAUUCCAAUGGCUGGUCAUAAUCCAAUGACUGAAUGCCCUCAACAACUGAAUCAUAUGAUACAUUGCUUUAUAGAUUUGUGGAAGAACAAAAAAUGGCAGUAGUGAUAUCUUGAUUCUAAAAAAAAUGUCUAAAAUGCUAUAUUACCAAAAUUGCAUUGAC